UAUUAUGGUUUUGUAAAAAAAUCAAAAUUGUAACUGGACGAAACAUUUCAAUAGCUCAUUAAUGAAUUAGGUGAAUUUAAAUAAAAAUCAAAACAGCUGAAAUCAAUAUUGAAAGACCACACACUUGGAUGAAAAACCAACAUGCAAUUUUUAAAGAUCAUUUGGAUUUUAUAAUAAUUGUGCGUUUUACAUGUUAAUCUAAGUGGUUUAAUACAUAGAUUCGAAAAGAAAUUUUUCAUCAAUAAGGAAGUGAAGUAUAAACCAUUAUACAUGCAUUUGAUCGGUGCGAAUGUGGUGCAAUAUCGCACCGAUAUAUUUGUAGAUUUCACCUCAAAUGGGCAACUGUCUAAGUUGUUUCAAGGUGCCACCAUUGAGUGCACCACAAAAUCAAUCUUCCGAAAUCGACAAACAAGAGAUGCCAGAACUUGAAACUUUAUACACGGAUUCCGCAAGUCCAACAUAUGUGCCAACUGAAAUCGGUGGACAUCACCAAAUAAACAACACAAUCAACAGUGUCUACGCGACAGUAACCCAUGCAAAUGGAAAUACAACGAAUAUUAUCACAACAAAGCAAUCGUUACAUCAUCUACAAACAGGAUCACUUGGUUCAACACCAAAUCAACAUUUAUCAAGCACAAAUUCAAUAAACUCAACUACCCAGCGUACAUUUUAUUCCACAACCAGUAAAAAGUCGACAAUGGGUCAAUUUGAUUCCAAACAAGCAGUCUCCGAAACCAAAUUAAAUGCUCUCUUUGAUCAGUACAAGGAUCAAAAUGAAGAUUCAAUUCUAGCGGACGGAAUUGAACGUUUAUGUGAUGAUCUACAAGUGAAUCCCGAUGAAUUUCGUGUUUUGGUCUUAGCGUGGAAAUUAAAUGCGGAACAAAUGUGUCGGUUUACACGUGAUGAAUUUGUACAAGGCUGUAAAAAUAUGCGUGUUGAUUCUUUAAAAUCGAUACAACAACGUUUACCGGAGCUUGUUAAGGAAAUUGAAUCGAAUACGGAACUAUUUAAAGACUUAUAUCGAUUUACGUUUCGAUUUGGUUUAGACGUGGUUACAGGACAACGUAUUUUACCCGCUGAUAUGGCAAUAUGUUUAUGGCGUUUAGUGUUUUAUGUUCGUGAACCACCAAUCUUACAAAAAUGGUUACAUUUCUUAGAGAAACAUCCGCACGUGCGUGGUAUACCCCGUGAUACCUGGAACAUGUUUUUAAAUUUUGCUGAAGCUGUUGGUGAUGAUUUAAGUAGCUAUGAUGAUACCGAAGCGUGGCCAAGUUUAUUUGAUGAUUUUGUUGAAUAUGAAAAUGAUCAAAUGAAUCAGAAUAUAUCAAAAGAUAAUAAUAAAGAAUGUAGCGGUGGUGACGAUGAAUCAACAGAGGCACAAAGAAAUGUUAUUAAAAUGGAAGAUUAAUAAUUUUUUUAGUCUCAUGUUAAGUGUACAAAACCAUUUUGUAGUGGAUUUCUCUAUGAUGUAGUCUCAAUCUCUUUGUUAGACUUCAGGGAAUCAUAAUUUCGAUGUUGGUACUAUCGAAAAUGAUACCUCGAUAGGAACUACAAUUUUUUUUUUUUAAUGAAACGAAAAAUUGAAUUUUAUUUUAUCAUAAAGCCAAGCUUCUACCAUUCCGCAUAGGGCAUAACCUAUCCUGUUAAGAGUUCGCAACAUCAAAAAGGCCAAAGAUAUAUUAAUUAAUUUGUUAAUUAUCUCGCAAA